AUCCCAGCAAAGAAGCCAGCACAUCCUACAAGGAGGCUUCUCAGGCCCUGGCGGGAAAGCUGCGUGCCCGGAACCUUUGUACGCUGGCUUUCCCCAACCCGGAGCUCUUGGGUGUUGCACGGCGGCGGGCCGGAGCCGGUUGCCAAGGCGACGCCUGGGAAGAUGGCUGCGGCGCCUUCGUCGGAUACCGAUAGCGGCCGAGCUGAAAGCAAGGAGGCCAGUUCGAAAUGGCUGGAUGCGCACUACGACCCCCUGGCCAACAUCCACACCUUUUCCUCCUGCCUGGCGCUGGCGGACUUGCACGGGGACGGGGAGUACAAGCUGGUGGUGGGGGACCUUGGCCCCAGUGGGCAGCAGUCCCGCCUGAAGGUGCUCCAGGGACCCAAGGUGCUGACCGAAAGCCCCCUACCUGCACUGCCGGCCGCUGCUGCCACCUUCCUCAUGGAUCAGCACGAGCCCCGGACUCCAGCUCUGGCACUGGCCUCGGGCCCUUGUGUGUAUGUGUAUAAGAACCUCAGGCCCUACUUCAAGUUCAGCCUGCCCCACUUGCCUUUAAACCCCCUGGAGCAAGAUCUUUGGAACCAGGCCAAGGAGGACCGGAUUGACCCCUUGACCCUGAAGGAGAUGCUGGAGGGCAUCCGGGAGAAGGCAGAGGUGCCCUUGUCCGUGCAGUCGCUCAGGUUUCUGCAGCUGGAGCUGAGUGAGAUGGAGGCGUUCGUGAACCAGCACAAGGCCAAGACCCUCAAACGUCAGACAGUCAUCACCACCAUGACCACCUUGAAGAAGAACCUGGCCGACGAGGACGCUGUGUCCUGCCUGGUGCUGGGCACCGAGAAUAAGGAGCUCCUAGUGCUGGACCCGGAGGCCUUCACCGUCUUGGCCAAGAUGAGCCUGCCCAGCGUCCCCGUCUUCCUGGAGGUCUCCGGCCAGUUCGAUGUCGAGUUCCGGCUUGCCGCUGCCUGCCGCAACGGGAACAUCUGCAUCCUGAGAAGGGACUCCAAGGGCCCCAAGUACUGCAUCGAGCUGAGCGCCCAGCCUGUGGGGCUCGUCCGGGUCCACAAGGUCCUGGUGGUGGGCAGCACCCAAGACAGCCUGCAUGGCUUCACCCACAAGGGUAAGAAGCUGUGGACAGUGCAGAUGCCCGCGGCCAUCCUGACCAUGAACCUCAUGGAGCAGCGCGCUCGGGGCCUGCAGGCCGUCAUGGCUGGGCUGGCCAACGGAGAGGUCCGCAUUUACCGCGACAAGACCCUGCUGGACGUCAUCCGCACCCCGGAUGCAGUGACCAGCCUUUGCUUUGGCCGCUACGGGCGGGAAGAUAACACCCUCAUCGCGACUACUCGAGGCGGUGGACUGAUGAUCAAGAUCCUGAAGCGUACGGCCGUGUUUGCGGACGGGGGAGGGGAGGUGGGCCCCCCACCAGCCCAGGCCACGAAACUCAACGUGCCCCGGAAGACCCGGCUCUAUGUGGAUCAGACACUGCGAGAGCGCGAGGCCGGCAUCGCCAUGCACCAGACCUUCCAAACUGACCUCUACCUGCUGCGCCUCCGGGCCGCCCGUGCCUACGUGCAGGCCCUCGAGUCCAGCCUGAGCCCCGUGUCUGCCACAGCCCGGGAGCCGCUCAAGCUGCACGCUGUGGUCCAGGGCCUGGGCCCCACCUUCAAGCUCACACUGCACCUGCAGAACACCUCGACAGCCCGCCCCAUCCUGGGGCUGCUGGUCUGCUUCCUGUACGAGGAGGCACUCUACGCCCUGCCCCGGGCCUUCUUCAAGGUCCCCUUGUUGGUGCCUGGGCUCAGCUACCCCCUGGAGACCUUUGUGGAGAGUCUCAGUGACAAGGGCAUCUCGGACGUUAUCAAGGUGCUGGUGCUCCGAGAAGGCCAGAGCGCACCCCUGCUGAGCGCGCACAUCAACAUGCCUGUGAGCGAGGGGCUGGCCGCUGCCUGACCCCGGACUGGCGUUAAAGCCCCUUGGGAACCAGGACCUGGAAGAUGCAGCCCCGUCCACCGAGCUGGGCAGAAUCAGCGGCCCGGGCCCACUCCCUGCACCGCAGGGUGCGGGGCAGCAGCUUCCCUCUGCUCCCCCAAGCUGCCCUCUCUCACCAUCUCGACUGUGGGGCGACUCACAGCAGCAGGUCAGUGAGAACCCCCGAGGCUCAGCUCCUUUCCUCUCGGGAAGAUGCAGGCGUCGGCUUGCUGGGUUGCUGCCGCUCCUCUGUGCUCCUCAGUUUCCUCCAGAAACCACACCCAGGCCCAGGGGAGGAGCCCCAAAACGGUCCAGGGGAGACGGGUAGAGGGGGCAGAGGCCCGGCUCUCCCACCGCUUGUUGCUGCUGCUGGCUUGGGCCAGAAUUGGCCGGGGCCCGGCCUGGGGCAGUCAGAGGCUUUUCCUGGGUGAGACCGAGCCCCAUGCAGCUCCUCAGGGUUCCGGAGGCUUGGCCGCUGCCCGUGCAGCUUGCAGGCAAAGCACAUGCUCCGAUCUCCCCUCAUGAGCUGAGCACGGGGCUCUUUCUGUUCAGGGUGCCCAGGGUAUGGCUGCCUCCUGCACAGGGCUUUUCUGAGAUACUGGGCUCAAAGCCUCAGGCCUGCGAUGCCCCACGCAGAGCCCACAGAUUGUGUGUGCAGGGAGCUGGAGGCCCCGCCCCUGCCCGGCUCCUGAAGCCCACACAGCCGCUGAUCCCGCGUGGGUCCAGAGUGGGCACCCGGGAGAGGCAGACUCCGCUGGACCGAGAGGGUGCUGUCGGGGCAGCGGGAGCGUUUCCGGAGCCCUGGGGAGCUGGCUGGGGGGGCGGGAGCCCAGAGCUGCCGAUCGAGACGCGCUUGUACACCCUGGAGCCCAGAGCAGUCGUGUGGGUGAGAAGUCCUCCUGGCCGUGGCUCCAGUGUGAGGGAAUUAGCUGGAGCAGUUUGGACCAGAGGCCUGAGUGAGGCAGGAGACCAAACAAAGGCCCGUGUUUAGACCACAAGGGCCAGAGACCCGCAGUCCCGGCCAGUUUGCCUGGCCCGCCUUGCAGCACCUGGUGGGCCACCCGUGAGCUGGCAGCCCUGCUCCCGGAGGACCUGUAGCUCCCCCGCUGACCAGGGGCAACCUAGCGUGUGGCCACAGCUCAGGCUUGUGGGCAGUAACCACGUCCCCGGGGGCUUCAGCCUGCCCCUGUGUAAAGUGAGGCAGUGAGACUGGGUUCAGCUCUGGCAUCCUGUGGGCGUGGCGGCCCCUCUAGGGGGGUGAGGAGCUGUCUCCAGCAAGGGGGACGCAGGGGUAACCGCAGAGCUGUCGCCCAGGAGGCCGAGGGCCCAAGCUGGUUGCUGCCACCUGACGACAGCCUCCGUGCCCCAGACACAGUGAGGACCUAGUGCAACAGCCCACAGCCACCCCUGACCCCUGAGGGAUGCAUUCUGGGCCAGGUUAAGAAAAGCAAGGCGUCUAGACCAGAAAAGAGCCCACCCCCCUCCUCUGUACCGUCUGCUGCUGGCAGACACACACCCGUGCGGGGAGGCACGGCUGCAGCAAGCUGGAGGUUUGACCCGGAAAUGGAAGGGCGGGUAGAGGGCGUGCCUGUCACAGAGGCUUGGAUUAACCUGAAGAGCUUUCUGAGAGCUUCCCAGAGCCAGAAGGGCCUGCCCUGCACAGUGUGGCCUCCUGUCGCUGGAGUUGUGUCACCAGGGCUGGGCUCUCACUGCACAGAGUUCUUAAGUUGAGCCACUCGACCUCAUGGUCCCUUUCACCCGUUACGUGAUGGACGGUGCAAACUCGGAACCAGAAAGCUGCCUCUGGGUCCUCUGCACGGCUGUCCAUGAUGACAAGCAUGGAGAAACCGCUCUUGUGCCUGGCACCUACCGUGAAUUUGUACGAUGGAACGAUGGAACGCCACGUGCUGUUACCGACAAUACAGAAACUGGUGUGGUGUACCAUGUACAGAAAGCAAAUAGGACGCCAGGAGCAGUGUACGAACCCAGAGGCCUCGCUAGGCAGGGCUCCAGGCAGCAGUGGGCAUUAAGGACGAGGAGAGUUGGUGUCCUUUUAAAAAAGUAUCUGAAUCCAUGCACCUACCUAGUACUGUGGAAUGAGGCGGUUUAGAAGAAGGAAAGACCCCUCCCUGCCCCCCAGCACCGUGCCCUGCUCUCGGCUGUUACCUUGGCUGCCAUGCACUUAGACCGGCCCUGCUUGCUUCCUCGGUCUCAGAGCUCCCUGUUGGCUCUUUAGCUCUCCUGUGACCGCACCCUGUCCCUCCCUCGUGUCGCCGGUGUUUAGGUGAAUCAACAUUCACUGUUUGCAUUACAACUUAUGUUACUGCGUGAAAGUUCAUCACUGCACGCCAAGAAUUGGGCUAUAAUUAGAUUACUUCGAGGGUACUUUUUUAUUUUUCUUGAAAUUAAUAAUGACCCUGUUUUUUCUAUUUGCUUAGUUUUCUGUGUACACCAGUUGCUAUUCUUCCCCCACCCGGUCUGACAGUUCCUCUUUUUCUGGACACUUGCCCUCACCCCUGCUGCUGCAGGAAGAUGGGCCCGGCACUGCGGCAGGGCCCUCUCCCGGGACUCCCUGCGCGUCCCUGUGUGGCUUGGGCUAGGUCCUGGUUCCUGGUGCCAUGCCUUCCGCUCCGUGGUUCUGUCACCAGCGCACCUGGCCGGGCCUCUCCACGGGGACCUCCUUUAGAAAGCGCUCGAGCUGCCAUUUAAGGCACUGUGUGUCUGACAUUUUCUUUACCCAGUUCAUACAUGUUUAUGAUACUUUGGGUCAUAAAGUUUGACAUUGAAAGUCA